AUGAGGACUCGGAGAUGGGAUCUGCUGGCACGAAGUUGGCAUCAUACUUUCCGUCCUCUGGGUUUGCGAGCUAAGAUGCCCAUCUUGGGUAUGCCUAGAAAAUCACACGUCCCAAAAGCAAUGCACCAACCGCCCUUGUCGUUGAGUGCGUUGGUCCAUGCGUCAGAGCUCGAAUUUUGCUCGGGAGAAUCACCUUCACAUACUUUCGAGGUCACGUUAGAGGACUCGUCUUACACGCCUGAGAAAUUCGCACUCUAUGAGAAAUAUCAAAACGACAUUCACAAUGACACCAAGAACUCUCCUAAGGGCUUCAAGCGGUUUCUUGUUGACUCGCCUCUUAUUAGUGAACCUAUUCCUUAUCUCAAACCACCACCAAAGCAUCUGCCUUUGAAUUACGGGUCUUACCACCAGCUUUACAAGAUUGACGGAGAACUUGUUGCAAUGGCGGUGCUCGACAUUCUUCCGAGUUGUGUAUCAAGUGUCUAUUUCAUGUAUGAUAAAUCAUGGGAAAGGUUUUCACUCGGAAAGCUCAGCGCCCUACGGGAGGUCUCUUUAGCUAGGGAGAUUAAUGAGUUGGGAAUUCAUGAAAUGCAAUCAUUAUACAUGGGAUUCUACAUAUAUUCCUGUCAGAAGAUGCGGUACAAGGGAGAGUACUCACCUUCAUACCUGGCUGAUCCAGAAACAUAUGAAUGGUUCCAUCUUGAGGAGUGUGUCCAACUUCUGCAAAAUUUUAGAUAUGCCUGUUUCUCAAAACCGGAACAUUGUAUUGAUAGCGAAGCUUCGGAUUCACCUCCAGAGGACCAGGAGCUCGACAUUAAGGAAUUGACGGAUGUUCACGUUCUCAUUCGCCCAGCCGACGGAGAUUUGAUAGCUACCCCCAUCUCUGAAACUUCAUACUGGCAAUAUAAGCAAGUGCGGCGUGAGUUUAGUUCUUGCAUUCGGGGACUUGGAAUGAGGUUGACGAGGGCAGUUGCCUUUGCGGUGUGA